AAUUACGAUCCAACAGUAGAAUUUUCAUAUCGUAAACAAGCUGUCAUUGAUGGUCGUCCAUGUAUGCUUGAAUUAUUAGAUACAGCCGGACAAGAUUGUGAAGGUGUCGUCCUUUUAUAUUCGAUUACAUCAAGGCCUACGUUUGAAAGAGUAUGUAGAUAUUAUGAUCAAGUCCUAAGAGUCAAAGAUGCUGAAAGUGUCCCAAUGAUUCUUGUUGGCACCAAAUGUGAUAAGCUUAAUGAAAGAGAAAUUGCAAAAGAAGAAGGCGUGAUAAUAUCAAGGCGAUUAAAAUGUGAUUUCAUCGAAGCAUCUUCAAGAACUGGUAUAAAUGUGGAUCGGGCAUUUUAUAGUGUAGUUAGAUCGAUAAGGCAAUCAAGGGGUGAUGAAAUUAUAACACGAGAAAAAACUUUCAGAUCGGGAGGAAAAAAAGUGCUAAAUUGUCUUAUCACUUAG